CUCUACACCCCGGGCACAUAUUUGAUGGAAAAAAAUGUGUCUGUUUAUAAAUUAAUGCGGUGUUUUAUAAAUUCCGUGGAAUAUGGCAAAGAUCAUUAUAAGCGUACACAAAAACAUCUGUAAAGCAGGACCGAAAUCUUCUCUGAAGCAUUUAGCCAUCUGUUAAUUUCGCAUUCAGUCGUGUUCUCAAGCUGUUGACAGAGACAGCAUCAGUGGAGCACAUCUUUAUUUUUUCUUCUUCUUUUUUUUGGCCCACUCAUUUUUAUCCCAGAUUUUCUCCCAAUUUGGAAUGCCAAAUUAGAUAUGAAAGGCUAUGUUGAAACAGCAAGCCCUUCCCCCUUGUCAAUUGAUGAGAGUGCAGAUGUACACUCUCUGCACCUGACAAGCAGUCUUUCCUCAGUCACUGCCUCACAUGAGGUCACUUCCUGUACAGUGGCUGCAGGCAGACCUUAAGCCCCCAAUCACCUGUAUUCACUCUCUGAUCAUCAGAUGAGGUCACUUCCUGUGCAGGAGCUGCAGGCAAGCCUAAAGUCCGCAGUCAGCUGCAGUCAUUCACUGAUCAUGCAUAUGAUAUCACAGAUGCAGAGAGAGAGAGAGAUAGGGGGUGGCAGAAAGACACACGCUAAAAUAACAUUAAGCAUUCCUCCAAAUGACAACUUUGCCAAGAGUUUAUUUUACAUGUUCCAAACCGUAUCCCUUUAAGUAUCUGGAGCUAAGAUCUUAAAAUCGUAAAACACAUCACGCGAAGCAUGGGAAGUGGGGCGGGUGCUUUGCUGGCGAUAGCCAAAACGCGACUAGACUACAUUUAUAACUUGGACAAAUGAGUAUGAUCCUCUGGUUUAGGCUCGCGGAAGAGACGGGAGGCGCAUUUGCUGAUUACCUCAUCAUGUUCACGCGCCCGAACGGGAUAUAAUUCUUAAUGGUGGCAGGCGGACGAGGCUGCACGCCGGCUUCUGAUGCCUACUCCAGAUAUGAACGGGCGCCCUUAGAAAUAUGAUUUCUCUUCGCUGCCACGACGAAAACGCUGCAGUUAUUCACUCUGACCGGCCAAGAUAAGUCAGCCUGCAAUCUCAUUAUCGGAAUGAUGCAUUAGCAUUGUCAGAAAAGCCGCUACGCUACGGUUGCGGUGGUUAUAAUAUUUAACAUAUAGGCCUACUUAUAUUUUGCGACGUCUUUAAGAUAAAGGUGGAAAGCAGACGCUUGUCCUUACUAUAAAUUUCACUCAGCCGGACUGAACAAAAUAGUUUAAUAUCUGCGGAUAUGCAAUAUGCGACCUGCAUGGCGCCCUCUGCUGAGUGUUCCCAUGUACAUGUUAAUGGAAUAUUUGAACGUUUUGAGGAUGCAAAAAUGUGUAAAUGUUGAUAAAUGAAUUCACAGUAGGCUAUACUACUGCAAAUCAGGGUACACACAUUUUUUUAUGAAUAGGUUCUCUGUUUAUAAUUAUUCACAUGACAAAAAAGAAAGAAAGAAACGUGGAGUAAGAUAAAUACAACUUGAGCUAUUUCCGAAAUUAAAUUAUGCUGCUCUCCCAUACCAAUUUAAAUUCUGAACGUUCAGUUUCCGAGUAUAGCAUUACAUGUUCUGAAUCAUGCAAUUGCAGAACGCACAGCCUUGAGAUAGUACGGCUACGGCGUGUGAUAUCAAUAAGAUUUAAAUGAAAGGUUAAAGGUGUGAUACAAAUUAGUGGCUGUACGGGCUGGAUCAGAUAGACUUUACGCAUUUGAUCAUCCACGUCUAGGCCUAUCAGUAGAUUCACAGUAGAUAGGAAUAAAAAAUUGGACGAUUAAUGGCGCUUCCAUAAAUGGCCACCCUUUAGAAAUUGCGCAGUUCUGUUGUAUACGAAUGUAUGUUUUUGUUAUUUUACAUAACCUGACAUAAUAUAGAUUUUUUUAAAAAGACAAUCCGUGUUAGGCUACCAAUGGUUUUCAUGACACAACUCACAGAUUUUUUUUUUUAACGCGGAGCUCCAUAAUCCACGUUUUCCCCAUAAACCACUCGGCGUUAUAACUGGGUAUUUUAUAUCGUUUGAGGAUUAUUUUCCUAAUAAUACAAUUACAAUGGACUGCCAGUGAAGAGUCUGAUGAUUAAUGAACACCCGUCACUUCAUUUCCCCCCGUGGAAUACAGCGUUGCCAAGUCUCGCGAAAAAAUCAAAGCUUUAAACUCGAGAGCGUCACAAUGAACUGGAGCAACCGUCAUUUUUUCACUUUCCUUUUUUUUGAAUGGAAAAGCUGUUACAUCAGUGACCGUGAGGGGGACCUACUCUAGUAGCAAGAAAUGGUAAGCUCUAAGAACGGCAGAAAACUGGUUAUAUCUACGGCGAGGGUGGAGUUAGAAGGGUGUGAUACAAAAAAGCCCAAGUCCAGGUGCCGAACCGGGUUCAAGAACGGACGUCUGUCGAGCUGAUGCCGGGAUUGGUUGGAGCCGCUAGGUCAGAAGGGUCGAUAUGAGUCAAGCCAGGACCAUUCCGCUCAUAAUCUCCUCGCGGUGUGUGCCUAGCAUCUAGACGCGAGUUCACCCUGGUGGGUGAAUGUGCAGCUCCUCUUGUACCGAUGGCGGGUUCCGCGCAAACCGUUAUUCACGGGACUUGGUUCGCCACCAGCGUUACCGGCUACAGGGACGACACAUCGGCGGGAAUGUCAGAGGAAAAGGCGAAGAAGAAAGCUUUUUACCUGGUCAGGGUGAAAUCGCUCAACAGCAAUAAGCAGCCCGCAAGCAACAGCAACAUGCCCUUCAUGAUCCACUGCCACAUAGGCAAAGAGAUCAAGCACAUUUGCAGCAACUGCAGCCGCGGCAACGAGGCGCAGGACGCUGAGGAAGUUGAAAGGCUGGCUGCCAUGCGCUCAGAGUCUCUUGUGCCCGGGACCCACACCCCGCCCAUCCGCAGGCGGAGCAAGUUCGCCACGCUGGGGCGCCUCUUCAAGCCCUGGAAGUGGAGGAAGAAGAAGAGCGAGAAGUUCAAGCAGACGUCUGCGGCGCUGGAGCGGAAGAUCUCCAUGAGGCAGAGCCGGGAGGAGCUGAUCAAGAGGGGCGUGCUGAAGGAGAUCUUCGAGAAAGACGGGACGGUCCCGGUAACAAAAGAAGACGGGAGGUUAGAAAACGGGCGGGCGCCGGCGUCCCCCUCCGGCACUCUAGAGUGCGAGGAUGCGGAGCGAGCCUAUCGGGUCCUCCUCCCGCCGCCCGGCCCAGAGCUCACGGACGGGACGGGGACCGGGACAGCGACCGUGGAGUUCCAGAGCUCCGUGGAGGCCGGGGUCUGUUCGCAGGACCACUCCAUGAAGCCCGCCUUGGUCCUGCCUCCCAAAAAGCCCAUGCCGUUCCCCGGAGACGGCCAGGACACGCCCACCAAGCAGGCCCCCUUCCACAAGCAGCCCCCCGCGCUGCCCCCAAAACCCUUCUCCCGGAUCCCCAAUCACAUCACAGACUCAGGACAGCCCAUCAAACUGGCCUGCAUGCCGGGGAAGCUGUCCCCUCCUCUACCUCCCAAAAAGGUGAUGAUCUGUGUGCCUCCGGGGGGCCUGGAGUCCUCCCUCGCCUCCUUCUCCCAGAAGUGCUCCCCGCAGCCCCUGGGCCCCCUCCACGGGAGCCUGCAUGGGCACCCGCACCAGCUGCAGUACGGCAGCCUGCCCAUGCCCAUUCACCCGCCCAGCCGCGUCAUCGAGGAGCUCAACAAGACGCUGGCACUGACCAUGCAGAGGCUGGAGAGCUCGGUGCUGCACGCCGUCCCCACCGUGGUGAUCGAGUGUGACGACGACAAGGAGAACAUGCCCGACGAGGCGGACUACGAGGACCUGCCCAGCAUGUACAAGGACGAGGAGGACGAGGAGGAGGAAGACGACGACGAGGACGACGAAGAGGACGACGACGACACGCUGUUCACCAGCACGCUGGCGCUCAAGGUGCUGAGGAAGGACUCUCUGGCCAUCAAGCUGAGCAACCGGCCCUCGCAGCGCGAGCUGGAGGAGAAGAACAUCAUCCCCAUGCAGACCGACCAGGAGCGGCUGGAGUCACGGCAACAGAUCGGCACCAAGCUCACGCGACGGUUGAGCCAGAGGCCUACGGCUGAGGAGCUGGAGCAGAGGAACAUCCUAAAACCAAGGAAUGAACAGGAGGAACAGGAGGAGAAGAGGGAGAUUAAGAGAAGACUAACGCGAAAGCUGAGCCAGAGGCCCACGGUGGAGGAGCUGAGGGAGGCCAAGAUCCUGAUCCGCUUCAGCGACUACGUGGAGGUGGCCGACGCCCAGGACUACGACCGGCGGGCCGACAAGCCCUGGACGCGCCUCACGGCGGCCGACAAGGCCGCCAUACGCAAGGAGCUGAACGAGUUCAAGAGCACGGAGAUGGAGGUGCACGAGUCCAGCCGCCACCUGACCAGGUUUCACAGACCAUAGAACUCUAAGAAGAAUUACGGAAUGGGCUUCCCCCCAAAAAACACACACACACACACACACAUGCACGCGCGCUCAUAUGCGCACACACAUGCACAUACACACACUCUCACACUAACACAUACACACACACACACACACGCCGAACCUUAAGUGCUGAACUGUGAAAGGUGUUCAUGUCUACAAUAAGUCCACUCGUGUUGAAUUGCCUUCUGAACUGAGUCAGAACUCACCAGAGCUGAGCCAGACCCGCGCAGCUGACCAGCGCAUCAAUAACGGAUCCUGUACUCCCAAAACGAGCCAGGAGGGGGCAGGACGGGGGUGGGGGCUGCUGACAAACUACGCUUUUACAAACACCCCCCCCAAUCCACCCCCUCCACUGUUCAUCGCCACGCAUCGUCCCUCUACUGCCGCAGCGAGAGGACGCCAGCCAUCUUCCUCCUCUCGGGUCAUCCUCCUCCUCCUCCUCCUCCUCCUCCUCCACACCUCGCUCCGCCCCUCUCAGCAGGGUCGAGCCCCGUGGGAGGGGGGGGGCGGCUGGACCCGUUUCGGGAUGUCGAUCCACCCCCCCCGGACACGUGGCGGUGCAGCCAGGUGACGGCUCCAACAGCUCGGGACACCAGUGCAAUAUUUCCUCUCCGCCGGGGGAAACAACAGCGCCCCCUGUGGACCUCUCUGUAACUGCGGCUAUAAUAGCGGUUCCCGGCGGUGUUCGUAUUCUGCUAACUGCGAAUCCGGCAGACCGCGCAGGAGGCUGUCCGGGACGCUUCCGCGCGCGCGUCGACAUCGCUGAGCUGCAAAGACGUCCGUUUGACUACGGCGGCUAACGCUAACGCUGUGAAAUGACUCUGGAAAAGGAGGGCGCCAAACAGCUAUAUAUAAAUACAUACAUAUAUAUAAAUAUAAAUAUAUAUGUUUACGUCGAAGGUAACGGUCAGUUUUAGGCAAGGAUUUCUACUUUUUAACAGACAUCCUUUUUAAACUGAUUAUUUUCUUUUCUUUUUAAAAAAAAAUACAGUUUAUUUUGGGGCUUUGGUCGUAAGAGAAGAAGCCUGUGUGUCUCUGCUUAAGGGGCUGAACACAGACACGGGGGGGGAACUGAAGAAUAUCCAUCUCGGUGCGGAGGCGGAGCCUAUCACCAUGGGAACCUCCCCUCUUUUCCAUCCCUCUUUUUUUUUUUCUCCUUUCUUCGGCACAGCGGGCGUGUGCAAGAAAGAAGCGAAGCUUCGCCAUCGACACUCUCUACUCAGCCUCUCCUCCCACUCUGUGUCCACAAUCAGCAAUAUACUUUACACUGUAAAUAACUGGAAGUUAGCUGUCAAAUGUACCAUAUUUUAUUUAUUUGUGUGUGUGUGUGUGUGUGUGUGUGUGUGUGUGUGUGCGUGUUCCUUCAGUGUGAUUUCGGAUGUUUUUUCACGUGAUUUUUUUUUUUCUUUUCUUUUUUUUUUUGGUAUGAAAUAUGUAUUUUUGGGAAUAUUACAGCUCCUGUAGACACCAGCUUUUAAAACAUAUUUUUUUUAAUGAUCUGCAGCUGGAGGAGAGCAAACCUGAGAAAUCCCCCCCCCCCCCCUGUUUAAAGUCACCUUUUUGGUGUUAAAUGAUGUGCGUUGUUAGGAAGGUGCAAUAUGAACACAGUUUUACUUGCCUGUCACGUAACCUGUAGAAACACAAGUCUGGAUAAAUCUACAGGGUGGAAAAAGACCAUUUUAUGCUCGAACCCAAUUCCUUCACUUCUUUAAGGACACGGCAUGUCAGUAAUUCAAUUUCAGGAGACAAAGUACUUUCGAUUUGACUUUGAUACGGGUCAGCCCGUCUCGAUAAUGUGCUGUUUCACGACCUUGAGCUACGGCGCGUAUGAAGCUAAAAAUAUGACAUGCAGAAUAAGCGUGAACGCGAGCUGGCACCUGGGUGUUCGGGGAGAACGCAGUUGGAGAGGUCUACCCUUUUUGCGUGCGUCUAUUUGAAAUGACUUUUCUUGUUCUGUUGCGUUGACAGAGAUGAUCAGUGUGAAUGAGCACCAAAUCUGCGUCAUGUCAUAGGAAGAAAAAAAGAAUGUGAAUUCAGCAAUAAUUUUUUUUCUACCCUUUUAUUGAAUUAUACUUAUACUUCAUAUUCUUUUGCUUGUGGGUGUGCAGGUGCAGGGCAGUGAGUCUGUAUCACAGCAUGCCCGGUCCCUCUCCAGUAGUACACAUCACCAUAACCUCGGCCAUUAUCACCUCUUCAUUGGUGGGGUUAGUUCACUGUUAUCUAAUGGCAACCAAAAAGAUGCCAUCUUGCCAAGUUAAUUUUUUUUUAAAAUUCACAAUGGUUUUGUAGCAUUUUUUUGUGUGUGUGCACAUGUGGUGGUAUGGUAAAAAAAAAUCUAAAGGGAAAACUCUGGCUGCCUUAAGUCUUUUAUUUUGUUUAGAAGUGAAGGGGGCACCUUUUCUAUGGUCCCAACUUACACCAAAAAAAAGAAAAAAGAAAGUAUAACUUCAGUGAAAACUUGAACGGUGUGUCUGGGGAUUUCUGUUAAUGUCUCAGCGUGUGACGUAUCUUGAGCCUGUUGGUUUGGGGUUUUUUUUAACUUCCCCCCUUUAAAUUUGUUCUUGGUGUAACUUGGGUACCAGCAGUGGCAAACCCGUUCUUUUUUUUCUUUUCUUUUCUUUUCUUCCUGGUAAUGGCGGAAGGAUCCGUUUGUUCCUGCGGCUCCCUGUAGGGCAAGGUUCAGACUGCCGUAUAGUGUGUGUGAGGAACACUUGUUUACGGGAAUUAAAUGUUGCCAAACUAACGCUGAACCACAUUUUCAUACCGUGUGUUCUCCUGGUGUGUUCCACGCAGUGUUUCGCAGACUUCGCAUAAUGUUGUCCUUUAAAAGGAAACACCCAACCCCCUGGUAACACCCAAAAGCACUGCUGUUCUUACUGUAUUAACAUUUUGUAGGAAGUUAGCUUUGUUGAAUAGCUUAACACCUCUGAAAACGUUUCUUAACCACAGCCAGUUAAAACAAUAUCGGUCUAUUGAUCUUUUUUUCCCCAUAAGACGAGUACCAACCAAUGCUUUUCGACAAGUUUACAGUUACAGUGCUGAAACGUGAGUAGAAUGUCCCUGCGUUGCAGUGGCAUAUUUUAAUAUUUUCUGCUAUUCCGUUUCACUGUAAUAUUUCACACGGCUCGCCAUUGCUAUAUUUUUUAAUAAGCCUGUCACAUGCACUAUGGGAAGUUGAUGUAGAGCAGUGUCACUUCCUAGUCAGCAGUUUUUUUUGUUCCCCUGCCUGUAUUACUGUAUUUUUAAAAACGGGUUGUGUCAUCUCGUCUAUAUUGUGCAUAACACCACCACGCCCACGGUGAAUUCUCACUUCCUCCUCCCUGAAAACAUUUUGAGUCGUAUCGAAAAUUAUCGUCACGGGUUCGUCACGGCAAAAUAUUGGGUUAUAAAAGGCUCAAAUGACAGAGCAAACUUAGUCAAAACACCCCGGAAAUUUCCAGCGACAGUAGGAGAGAUUUAAUCAUUGGCCCGUCUCUUUGACUGCUUACAAUUCAUACAGUCAGGUGUUCUCAUAAGUGUGUUCUUACUCUGAAAUGUUUGUACAGCUCGUCUCUCUUUGUACAGGAGUGAAUGUUGUGACCGUCUCCUCGUACUCUUCCAGUAUUGUAAUUUAAGGAAACAAACAGAAGGCGAUCUUCUACUGGCGUAUGAAAUCUGUAAAUAACGCACAUUAAACGAAGUCUCUAAAAUAUGUUACUUUUUUGUACAGGCCGAAACUGCAUGUAACCGUUUAACUUACUGUUCGUCUUUAAUGAUGUAUGCAGUUUCUUAUAUAAAGAAACCUUAUUAAAAUGUUUUUCAGUAUUUAAAA